UGGCGAGUGGUCAAGGGGACCGCUGCCGCCACGCUCCGGCCGCGCCACGCCACGCCACGCCCCGCAGCGCGGAUCUGCACGGCGCGCCCCCUCCGUCUCCACGAUAUCCACGCGCUCGCAGCAAAGUCCCGGCAAAAGAGUGAUCCGUCAGCUCGACGGGCGUCCCCCCUGCGCGCGCCCCGCCCCAGCCCGCCCGACGAGGAGGGUGGUCGGUUGGUGCUCUGCAAAGAAAACUACCGUCGUUCUGUCGUCCAGCCCGACGUAGUACAGACAGUUCCAGGCCGACGCGUCCGUCACCACCAGCGCCCCGACGAUGACGCCCCUCUCGCGCUGGCUCCUGGCCUUCGGGGUCGCGGUCGUCGUCCUCGUCGCCUCUACGGGCACCGCCAUGGUGCCCUACGACUCGGACGAAGAGAGCGCCGCGUUCUGGCGGCGGCAGGGGCUGGAGGCGCUGACGCGCACCCUGCACCGCGUGCAGGCCGCCAACCCGGACGAGGCGCGGCGCGUCGCCAAGAACGUCAUCGUGUUCGUGGGCGACGGCAUGGGCGUGUCCACCACGACGGCCGCGCGCAUCUACAAGGGCCAGCGCCAGGGCCGCGUCGGGCCGGAGGGCGCCACCCUGGCCUGGGAGCGCUUCCCCAGCCUGGGACUCUUCAAGACGUACAACGUGGACAAGCAGGUGCCGGACUCGGCGGGCACCGCCACGGCCAUGUUCAGCGGCGUGAAGAGCCGCUACUACAUGCUGGGGCUGGAGGCGCGCGCGCGCCUGGGCCGCUGCGACCUGGAGCAGGACCACCACCGCCGACUGGGCUCCAUCAUGGGGUGGGCGCAGAUGGCGGGCAAGCACACGGGCUUCGUCACCACGACGCGCGUCACGCACGCCACGCCGGCCGCGCUGUACGCGCACAUCAACCACCGCGACUGGGAGUGCGACACCAAGGUGCCCGACGACCAGCGGGACUGCGUCGACGACAUCGCCCGCCAGCUCGUCGAGUCCCAGCCCGGCAGCAACUUCCGCGUCAUCCUGGGCGGCGGCCUCAAGCAGUUCGGCCAGGUGCAGGACUACAACGCCACCUGGGACGACUCGUGCGAGCGGGCCGACGGCCGCGACCUGGUGGCCGCGUGGCGUGGCGGCAAGGAGCGCGCCCAGUUCGUGCGCACCCGCGAGCAGCUGCUCGACGUCAACGUCAACGAGGCCGACUACCUGCUGGGCCUCUUCAGCCCGGGCCACAUGCCGUACGCGCUCGAGACCAACGUGACGGACUACUCGCCGCCGUCGCUGGCCGACAUGACGCUGCGCGCCAUCCAGAUGCUCAGCAAGGGCCCCGACGGCUUCAUGCUCAUGGUGGAGGGCGGGCGCAUCGACCAGGCGCACCACGCCAACAUGGCGCACCUCGCGCUGGAGGAGACCCUGCAGCUGGAGGCCGCCGUCGAGGUGGCGCUGCGCAUCGUGGACCUGUCCGAGACCCUGAUCGUGGUGGGGGCCGACCACUCCCACGGCUUCACCAUCAACGGCUACCCCGCCCGCGGCAACGACAUCCUGGGCUACGCUGACGAGGAGAACAAGUACCAGACGCUGACCUACGCCACGGGGCCAGGCGCCAUCCCCUCCAUCCGCGGGGACCCCGACAGCGUGUACCACCGCCACUUUGCGCCCACGUUCCUCAAGGACGCGGCGCACGGCGGAGAGGACAUCGUGGUGUACGCAACAGGUCCGCUCGCGCCGCUGUUCACCGGAGUGUUCGAGCAGAACUACCUGGCGCAUGCAGUCAGCUACGCGGCCUGCACCGGCCCGCUCGCCUACAUGUGCCCCUUCAGGACGGGCAGCGUGUCGGCCGGGCACACGAGCGCCGCGGCGGCGGCCGGCGCCACGAUGCUGCUGCUCCUCGCCGGCGCCGCGCUGCGGAUACUGCCCCACUGCUGAGCGCCAAGCGGCGCGGACGUGUUGUCUACCGCAGAUAAGACCGCGGUGCCCUCCAGACCCGCCCGGGCCGAGCCUUGUGCGGCUGAGGCUAGGCCAGAGCGCGGCCGGGGACGGGCCGCUGGGCCGCGACAGACUCAAUUGGACUAGUGUUAGCAAGCUCCAUCUGUGAUCUAAUUUAAGCAGCGCUCGCCCCGGGGGACUCCUCUCAGUCACACAGACACACACCUACACACACGCCCGCAAGGUCCUUCGGCGCAACUUUCUUUUGUGAGCGCUCGGCUGCAGGAGAGGAGCUCCUCUACUAAGAGGCCAGCCGGGCCUCGCCCCCCACUCCGGACGCCACCCGAGCGGGUCGCUGGUGGGCGCGGCCGCGUGCGAAGCGCGCAUUGCCCAACGGGGGCUCUCGGCAACCCCAGCCAGGGGCUUUACACUUGCCAGCAAGAUAGUUGGAGCCGGCAUGUCCGUCCGUCCGACCGCCUCACCUCCAAGACACCCCUCCCCUCCCCCCUUUCCCCUCGCAAUUACGCCUCAUCAUCCACCUCACCGAUUCCUUCCCGGGCGGUGCGGUACCCUGCCGCCCCUACUUUACCCCUCGUUAAACCCCCCCCCCCUGCCAAACAGCGCAUCGGGCGGGGGCCGCGUCCGGGAGAGCGCCCCGCCUCUGUUCGCGCCCGAACGCAGCCCCCGUCAAUCGGAGUGACGGACGUUAUCCACGAGCAGUGAAACGUCAAGCGCCCGCCCGGCGCGCUGCCGCUCUGCAAUCCGAUCCGAUGCAUGCCAUGCCAACUACCCUCGGAAAAGAGCAGCUGCUCGAGCCUAUACGCCGCAGGGCGCGUUUGUUAUGCGAGACAAAUAGAAAACUGACACUCUUUCUGUGAUACUGUAAUGAUUACUUACAAAGGUCUUUCCGUAUGUGAAAUGCAAGGACUGUAAUAAAUUAAGUUGAUGACGCAAGCAAAAA